AUGCGGCACGUGGCAGACACAGGGGCUCUGGUGCGGGGGCGGGGGUGGGCGUGGUGGGCGGGGGCUGGAGAGGGGUGUGGAGGAGUGCAGCCGCCGGCGAUGCGCCUGACGCGCGGUUGUGGGCUGCCGGCGCAGCAGCAGCAGCAGCAGCAGCAGCAGGGGGUGCAGCGGCGGCGCGGCGCGAGGAAGUGUCGCGUUUUUGGACGGUGCGGGGGUGGAGGGUGUGGCGGCGGAGGUCGGCACGUGGCAAGUGGAGGCCAGGGGCGCGAGGGGGCGGCGGCGGCUCUGUCGCGUCUGGCCCGCCGUGGGGGCGGCGGGGCUGGCGGCGGCGGCGGCGAAUCGAUGGCGGGCGCCACGCGCGGCGCUGCAUUCGGCUCGCGGCACCCCUGGCUGCAGGAAGCCGGCUUCGCUUUAACGCCCGCCGAGGACGACGAAUGCCGCCACGUCACAUUUCAUGGCGGCGGCGGGCUUUGCCCAGCGGCAGAUAUAGGCUACCUCCCGCUGCUUGAAGUCUAG